AUGGCUGAGGAUUUUGAAGAUGUCAAGUCCAAGUGGAAAAUUCUCCUGGGAAUCUUUUUCAAUGUGCACUCAGCUGUUCUCAUCGAAGAUGUUCCCUUCACAGAGGAAGAUUUCAAAGACGGCCCGGAGAGGAUCUACCAUCUCUACGAGCAAGUCAGCUAUAACUGCUUCAUCGCAGCUGGACUCUACGUGCUGCUUGGGGGUUUCUCUUUCUGCCAGGUCCGGCUGAACAAGCGCAAGGAGUACAUGGUGCGCUAGGACCUGCCUGAGCAGCUGCCCCCACCUGGACCUGCCCUAUUUAUUAUAGCCCCAACCCCCUUUUACUUUGGAGUUGCCCUGCUGGGGGCAUAGGUGGGGCUCUGCCUAGGCCACACCCAUAUGGGAGCCCCUUCUUUGCCUGGGCUGUGCCAGGAGGCACCAAAUCCCCCUCCUGGUGCUGACCCUUCCCUGAAAUGGUAAUGAGGGUUGUGUUUCUGUAUGUGGGGAUGUCAUCAGCACCUGUGUGGGGGAGGUGGGGCAUGUGGGUUGUUGCCUGCUGGACUGCAACUUCUCUGUGUCUGUCAGAUAACAGAAUGAGGGAGUGUCAUAUGUUGUGUUCCCCCAGUAGAGUUGUCUAUUUUUUCGCCUUUAUGUAUCCUGUCCCUCUUCUCUUCUUCCCCCCCUCCCCUUUUUGCCCCUGUGUGAGGGAGGUUUUGUGAGAUGCUCAACUUGCUCUGAUUGGCUCCUGGAAUGGGCUCCUGUGCAAUAAACUGGCUGGGUACAGUGCUGGCUGCUG